UGGCGGGGCGAGAAGUGUGGUGGCACCGAGGCACCGGAGCUAAGAUGGGAGAGGGGCGUUAAGGGGCCCUGCCAGGGGAGCACACACACACACACUGCAGUAUGCGAGCGAGUGCCGCGUUCUCUGCAUGCACAGCUAAACUGUACACGCGAUCUGUCAGACAAGCCUCUCCUUCCUGCCAGCACAGCCGUCAUGGCGAGCACAGGCCCUUGAGCACAUCGCAACAAGCUGUGCCGUUAGACUUGACGAAUUAGCCGCUAGGAAGGGCUGCUGGAGUUGGAAGUGAACAGUUAAAACUGACCCAAGGACGCGAGUGUUUUCAUCUGCUUCACAAAGCUGUUGAUGAAGACGAGUAGCAGAGAACUCACCGAUGCGCAGCGGUGUGUGACGAUCCGCCAGGCGGUUCAGGAGGGCGCAGGCCUGGUGGAGGCUGUGUUUGGGGGAUGGGGGGGAAAGUCGGCUGCUAGUGGUUAGCUUGGUGGCAAGCUGGACCAACCAACGUCUGCGCCAGUAGUAAGCUGUUGUUACAGGCGCGGUGAAUUCUUGAUUUGGUUAUCUCCGUGGAAAGCGCUGGAAUUGCUGAAUACUUGUGUGUGCUGGUGUGUUGUGUAGCAUGUCCCCAGUGCCAUGAGGAACUACAAGGCCAGCUUCUCGGCACGACUGUGUGAGGUGGGCAUCCUGUGUGGAUGUGGCGAUAAUACAGUGGUGUUCUCACUCAUGCCCCUGCUCCCUAGAGGUUGCUAGCCUGGGCCAGAGUGGAAGCUGCUAGCCCGGGCCUGAGGGGAGUGGUUAGCCCGGGCCUGAGGGACAGGGAAAAUGAGCAACGUAUCGCACGUGUCUACCGUGGAUCGAGGUCUCAAGAUGAAGAUCAAGCGGACCAAAGUUGGCCUCGCAAAAACCGAGCCAAAACAUGAAGUAGUCAAAGGGGAGUGUACGACUAGUGGCAACAGUGCUCAGGCCAACGCUGGAGCUGCCAGUACCUCAGGAGUGCAUAUAUUGAAUGGAGUACCAUCCUCAGGGAGUUCUAUUUCUGGAAGUGCUAAUUUAGACAAAUCUUCAGUUGGAAGUGUUCCCAGUGGUGUGGCUGGAACUCCGAACAAAACAGGCAGUGGCAGCAGUAAUAACUGCCUGACUUCAGACGCAUCCAAAGACAAGUCGCCCAAAGUAAAGACACCUUAUGUCAAGAAGGACAAAUGCAAAGAAAAAAGUGUUAGCUCUUCUGUUAGAUCCUCAGCAGACAGCUCCAUAGCAUGCAGUGGGACUAACAGCACAGUGGGAAGCGUUGGUGGUGGUAGCAACAGUAGUGGGAUGAGCUGCGGUGGUGGUCUGGGGCUGGGGGUCAGCAACGGUCUAGACGUGCUGUUCAGCCAGGUCAGCAUGGAGCCUCGUGUGGCGGUCGAGGCUGUGGCCGUCAAGCGAGAGGUGGCGAGACCAGAUCCUUAUGAGUUUAACGCCAAAGUCGAGGAUGGCAUUGGUCUCCCACCCAAGAAACUCAAGACAGACACUAAGGUGGAGACAGCAUCAUCACCUUUGCUUUCACCCACGAGCCAAGAUGCUUCUACAGAAACGUGUAGCAUUGGAGUUGUGACAGAACCAGAAUGCCUGGGACCAUGUGAACCUGGCACCAGUGUAACACUGGAAGGAAUUGUUUGGCAAGAAACGGAUAAUGGUGUGUUGGUGAUAAAUGUGACAUGGCGUGGAAAGACGUAUGUUGGAACAUUACUAGAUGCUACAAAACAUGACUGGGCGCCUCCAAGGCCAAAUUGUGAAUCCCCUGUGAGUGACUUUGAAACUCAGCUCCCGAAAGGUCGAGCUAAAAGAGGACGAGCCAAUGCAGGAACACCUGUGAGUGAUCGAACUGUGACAGAAGGUCGCAAAUUACGCAAAGGCAGAAGAGGGAGUAAUGCCAAUUUUCAGGCCCCACCUAGUCCUGCGCGCUCAGAUACAUCAAAUGCAGGCUUAAAGCGAAAGGGCCGGCCUAUUGAAGAGUCUGUAGACUUGGUCAAAGGAGACAAAAGCAACAAUAACAAUACAAAACGCAGUAGAUCUUGUUCCAGGGGGAGCUCAGGUACUGAGAGUCCAACUCCAUCAGUAAUUGAAUGUCCUGAACCAAACUGCAACAAAAAGUACAAGCACAUAAAUGGACUUCGCUACCAUCAGACACAUGCUCAUCAUCAUCCACUUCCUGUGCCUGAUGAUGAAAAGGAGGAGGAAGAAGAGAUGGAUGCUGAUGGCAAGGACUUGAAGAAGAACUCAGAUGCUGAGGGAAAGGACGCCAAAAAAGAAGCAUUAUCAGAACGUGCUGAAAGAAUGAAGGCAAAGGAACUACGCCGUAGAGAAAAGGAGAGGGAAAAAUCAUUAGAAAAGGAUUGUUCAUCUUUAGAAGAUAAUAUUCCAUUAAAAGCUUUUGCCAAUCGUGUUGUUGCUCAGAAUACUGACAAGAGUAGAAGUGAGACCCUUAUCUCAAAAGUGGACAGUAGUAAAUUAGAGUCAAUUGUUUCCAGUGCUCCAACAGCCUCAACUUCUGUGACAUCUUCUGUUGUAACUUCUGCAUCUUUAUCAUCAGCUACUAUUUUGUCUAAGAAAAAGGACAGCAGCUCAGUUUCAGUAGGUAUGACUGUGACUAAGGCAGGGCCCGUGGGACAAGUGUAUCAGAUCUCAGGUGUUGGAUGUUUGGGUGGUAUGGCAGUGAUGGCCCCCACCAACACAGUACAAGCACCUGUGGUGACACCAACCACAGCUGUAACUGUAUGCCCAACAAUGCCCUCAACUACUUCAAUACCAUUAACAGUGUCACCUCUUGCUACUUCUGAAAUGAACAAAGGAGACAGCAAAGAUAGUAACAAGGCCACAGACAAAAGUAAAACUAAGAUGGCAACGCGCCCAAUAGUCCCUGCUCUAAGCCCUCAGGUGAUGGCAGGUCAGUCAGCUGUUGUACCAAAUCCUGGACACAACCAGCUAUCGUCCUCUUUAAAAUUGAUUCAGCCCAAACCUACAAUUAUGGGUGAAUAUUCAAAUGUAAACCCAGCUUUGGCAGAUCUGAAAGAAAAACGCAUGAAGCCCAAGAAAAAGAAAGAAAAGGAUGGAAUCCAGAAUUUAAGUCAGACAACUGGGUCUUCAUCUCAGAUAAGCAAGUCUGUCAACAAGGAUGAUUCCGUUCAUAUUGACCAUACAGGUGUGAUGAAAAAUGUUACCUCUUCACCUCUAGGGCGACAGUCUAUGGAAAUGACACCACGAAAAGAAACAUUCCUAGCAUUGAAGUGUCAAAGCCUGCAGACUCGCCCAGGACAACUGUGUCUUCCUCAACAGCAUUGUCAUCAUCUAUGAAGCCCUCAGGUAACACUCAAGGCUCAAGAUCAGGUGCGCACGGUACAGCCUCCAGGCCUUCUGAAAGUAAACUCUCCACUCCACGUUAGUGCAAGUGAAAGAAAAACUCCUAUAAAUGAUGAUGUUCAAAGUCCAGCCUAUUCAGACAUUUCUGAUGCCAAUGAUUCAUCUUCUCCUCAGCAGCAUGAUAGCCCUAAAAAAGAUAGUGAUACUCCCCAUAAGAAAGAAAACACAUCUGCAGGUUCUUCUACUGCUGCUGGAGAGGGCAGUAGUGGUGUAUCUCAUUAUGGAAUGUACUUCUAUGGCCGUCCUUCUCCAUACAUGUCUCCUAAUGUCUCUACCACACCACACUCAUCCCCAAAUUCUACAAAGUCAUCCUCUUUGAAGAAAGAUGAAAGUUCCAGACCAGAAGAUAGCAGAUUGGCCCAGACUCCUGAAGAGGCAAGAAAAAGCAGUAUGGAUAAAGACUCUACACCUAGCAGCAGCAUCGCGAGUAAGCCAGAGGGGCUAGAAAGGAGUGGACCCAGUAGCAUGGCCACCUCCCCACCACAGCAGCAGCAACAGGCGCAGCAUCCCCAGCAGCAGAUGCAGGAGUACCAACAGAAAUGGCUGCAGCAGUUUUACUCUCAGAUUCGAAUGCUUCCCCAACAGGCCCAAUACCAGUACUUAGCAGCCUAUGGUAUGCUAGAUCCAUUUCAUCAGAUGCAUUUUAUUAACCAACAAGAUCCACAAUACCGUCAAAUGAUGGAGAAAGCUUCAGAAGAGCAAAAACGAUUACAAGAGCAAGGAGGUGGGAAGAAAAAAGUAGAAACUGAAUCUAGCAAAAAAUUAGCUGGUUCACGGCCACCUUCAGCAGAUCAGGGAACUUCCCAAGGAGAGUCAGGUCCUGGUGCUAGUCAGAAAUUGCCUCUUUAUGGGCCACAAGGUGCUGGACUAGAUCGACACUUUGAGGGGAAAUCUUUUGGUGAAUCAGCUGAUGAACGGGAAAUGCGAGAGCAAGCAUUACGUGAGAAGCAAAAUGAAAACCACCAAAUUAUGAAAGAAAACAUUGAACUGAAAUAUCAGAUGGAGCGCAGGCAGGAAAUGCAAGAACGCAUGAAACAAGAGGAGCUUCGACGCAUGCACAUAUACCAGCAACAGAAAGAUCAGCGUCCUGUGGAAAAGCGCAAAAUAGAGGUGCAGAAACCUCCAGAACUGGCCAGCUCGGUCAAAGGACAUGGGAUGGAAACAUCUCGUCUUAGUGUUGUGAAACCGGAGGAUAUAAAAAAGGAACCUAUAGACCAUUUACGUGUUAAGGAUAUGUCUUCUCGUCCACAAGAUAAAGGUGGCGAGGAAAAGAGGCAGGGGGAAAAAGGUAGGGGAGGACCUGGUGAUGCUCAUGUCAAAUCUAAGCCACAGGAUCCUAAUAGUGGCAGCACUGCCCUCACCGUGGUAGCAUCUUCAGGGUCUGCUAACCCUCAGUCAGGAGCACCUGGACAGUUUACACCAUACACAUACCCUGGCAUGUAUCCACAUUAUGGACCAGUGCAGGUGGACCCUACCCAUCCAGUUUAUCGUGGCAUGAAUCCCCACGUGAUAGGUUAUGCUACUGCUCCUCCAGGUGCCUAUCUCCAUCCAUCACAACUGGGUUACCGAUUGAACUCUGUGGACUCAGAUAAGGAAAGUAGUAAGCAAGAAAGCAAACUUCCAGUACCUGCUCUUUCAUCAGAAGAUUCUAGUAAGAGCGUGUCUGAAAGUCUGGGUCCUCAGUUUUAUGGGGGCCCUGUCCAUAAAAUUCAUGAGCUGCAAGAGAAGGGCAGACCUCGUCCGAGCAGCACCUCUCCUGCACCUCCUGGCAAAAGUGGGGAAUCUUCUCACUCAGCCCUGGCAACACUUUCCGAGAAACAGCGGGAAUAUUCAAAAUCACCACCCACCCAGCGUCAUUUGCAUACUCAUCAUCACACUCACGUGCUGAGCCAUGGCUUCCCUAUUGCAUAUGCAGACCCAUACAGUGCAGCCAUGUUUGCUACUGCCCCACAUGGAGCAGCACCUCCGCCACCUGCCAUGCAAUCCUCUUUCAACAAACCGUGAUCAGUAUGCUGUGAUAGGAGGCAUUUUCAUUUACUCUUGUAUUUGAUUUCUUCAGAAAUG